AUGUCCGUCUACCUGAAAACUGUUGCAUUACUUCUGGUUUUUCUGCACCGGAGCUAUGGCAUUGUGAAUCCCGACAAUGAAUCUGCCCGCAUGGUUAUCUAUCUUCAGAAACCCAGCAGUUUGGGACCUAGAACCUGGUUGGCCGGAGUCAACUGCUUGGAUCAAAUAACUCGUCUAUUCUUUCGCAAACGUGAAAGCCUCACACGGUCGCCAAAUGUGGUUAUGACCAUUGCCAAGAAUAUGACCACUCCAGCUGCUCAAAUCCAGGAGGGAUUUCUCAAAAUUAUGAUGGAGGCCGUCAGCGAGCUGCAGCCCGUUCACAAACGCUAUCAAAUGCGUAUCGUUUCGGAUGCCCAACCCUACGUAAAAUUUAAAAUGAAACAAAAUGAAUUGGUAUUGGCGGAUUACUACAUCAUUGUUGUUGAUUCCCUGACUCGAUUAUCCAACCUUCUGCAGAACUACGUCAGCAAUAUGCUGUCUUGGAAUCCGGGAGCACGUUUCCUAAUACUCUACAAUAAUGUCAAGAAUCGCAACAAUUCAGAUGAAACAGCUAAAGUAAUUUUCCAAGCGAUGCUAGACCAAUUCUACAUCCAUCGUGUUGGUCUGUUGUACGCCACUUCGGAUACCGGAUAUGUCUUCAAGGUAUUGGACUACUACAAUAGCUUGUCGUGUCGAAAGCUUAGGGUCAAACAAUUUGCCGAAUGCCAGGAGGGUAAUGUGUUGACAAAAAAUCCUGGAGGUCUUCAGCGUAGUUUGGAUCGAUUUUUGAGCAGUUUGAGUCUGACUAAUUGUACAUUUUAUAUGUGUGCUUCCAUUUCGGCACCAUUUGUGGAGGCCGAUUGUGUGUUGGGUUUGGAAAUGCGAAUAAUUGGAUUUAUAAAGACACGUCUGAAUUUUAAUAUUAUUCAGCAAUGUGAACGUGAAAGUCGCGGUGUCCAAGAAGAGGCCGGAAAUUGGACUGGUCUAUUGGGUAGGCUAAACGAAAAGUCUUGUGAUUUCAUCAUGGGUGGAUUCUAUCCCGACAAUGAAAUUAUAAGUAACUUUUGGGUAUCCGAUACCUACUUGGAGGAUUCCUAUACAUGGUACGUGAAGUUGGCUGAUCCACGUCCAGCCUGGAUGGCUCUCUAUUCCAUAUUUCAAAAUCUAACAUGGGCCGCCUUCGUUGUGAUGUUGUUGAUUACUUGGCUAACAUGGUUUGUGUUGGUGUACUUUUUGCCCGAACCAGCGGAGAGCAAGGAAGUGUCGUUAACCGGUAUCAACAAUAUGGCAGUGUCGAUUUGUGUAUCGGUUAACGAACGGCCGUUAUGUUUAGCUUCCAGAUUUUUCUUUGUAUCCUUAGCUUUGUAUGGACUAAAUGUUACAUCGACCUAUACCUCGAAACUCAUAUCGGUUUUCUCUAAUCCUGGACAUUUGCAUCAGAUCGAUACUCUUGCAGAAGUGGUAGAUGCUGGUAUACCAUUUGGUGGCUAUGAAGAAAGUCGGGAUUGGUUUGACAACGACGAGGAUUAUUGGGUCUUUGAUAAAUAUAAUUAUUCCGCAGAUUUUGAACCGCUCUAUAUAAAUCUAAUAUCAGUCGAGCAGGGGGAACGUGUGAUAUUAAGCCGCCGCAUGUAUAUCAUGCAAAGUGCCUUGGCGGAUAAUAUCUAUGCCUUUCCCUUUAAUGUCUUCUCCAGCCCCAUGCAGAUGAUUAUGAAGCCAGGAUUUCCUUUUCUCUAUGAAUUCAAUUUGAUGAUACGUUAUAUGCGCGAUUUUGGUUUUCUAAAUAAAAUCCAUCGUGAUUUUGUCUACAACAACACAUAUCUGAAUCGAAUUGCAAAGAUGAGACCAGAUUUUAAAGAAAAAGUCAUUGUCCUAAGAAUGGAUCAUUUACAGGGAGCCUUUUCUAUCUUAAGUGUGGGUAUUUGUGCCAGUAUAGGACUAUUUUUGGCUGAGCUCUUGGUGUACUAUGUGUGUGGGCCCUGUUUGUUCAAAUCGCCGCAUAAGAAGCGUCAAAGAAAGCGUCGGGAUAAGGAGCGGAAACGAAAGCGUAACAAAUCACCCGAAGAAAUCGUUAUAUAUUGGAAUGAAAUUAAUCUACAAAAGGAUAUGCGUUUAACACCGCUCAAGAGAAGGAUUGUUCAGAAGUCGUCGAAUGAAUAA